AUGCAAUUCUUAUCUACCGCUGCUCUUUUCGCCCUCGCUGCUUGCGUUGCUGCUGACUCCACCUUCACCCUUACCGCCUCUGGUGGUGCCACUGGUCCAGUUGGUGUUUCCGGUUCUACCCUUAUCAUUGGUGGUUCCGCUGCUACUUUCACCCUUGUUGCCCCAGAUGGUCUUCUUAAGGUUGGUGAUGAAUUCGUCCACAAGAAGUUGACUGGUAUCAACGAAUUGGAACUUGGUUCCCAAGGUGAAGCUGCCCACGCUUGGGGUUACGAAGACAACAAGUUGAGAUUCGGUGUCUUGGGUACUGAAUUCUUUGCCUGUGAUGGUGAUGCUGGUACUAUUAUCACUGACUACAAUGCCGAUGGUAAGUGUAAGUCCAUUGAAUUGAACCUUGGUGGUGAUGCUCCAGCUCCAUCUUCUGAAGCUCCAGCCCCAUCUUCCGAAGCUCCAGCUCCAUCUUCCGAAGCCCCAGCUCCAUCUUCUGAAGCUCCAGCCCCAUCUUCCGAAGCUCCAGCUCCAUCUUCCGAAGCCCCAGCUCCAUCUUCCGAAGCCCCAGCUUCAUCUUCCGAAGCCCCAGCCCCAUCUUCCGAAGCCCCAGCUCCAUCUUCUGAAGCUCCAGUCCCAACCACUGCUGCUACUUCUACCGUCACCAACGAAUCCACUUUGACCUCUACCGUCUGUACUGAAUGUACCGGUAAGCCAGCUGUCACUUCCCAAUCCGAAAACGGUGCCGGUAAGUUGGCUGUCGGCGCUGCUGGAUUUGCUGCUGUUGCUGCUUUGGUUCUUUAA